AUGUAUGAUAGAUACCAUCGGGUCAAGGCCGAGGCCAAGACCGCAAGCGGUAUCCUCCUGCCCGAGAGCAGCGUCGAGAAGCUCAACGAGGCCAAGGUCCUGGCUGUCGGGCCCGGCGCCCUGGACCGCAGCGGCGCCCGCCUCCCCAUGAGUGUCAAGGAAGGUGACCGCGUCCUCAUCCCCCAGUUUGGCGGGUCGCCCGUCAAGGCUGGUGAGGAGGAGUAUCAGCUUUUCAGGGACAGCGAAAUUCUCGCCAAGAUCAACGAGUAG